AUGGAGAGUCGGGAUGGAGUGGAAUUCUGUUUCCCACAACUCAUCAACAGCUCCUGCAGGAUAUCCAGCCGUGACUGGACAGAAACUGUGGUUGUAAACACCUUGUCGUACUUCAUCUCUCUGAUCACUGCAGCUCUCAACCUGCUCAUCAUCAUCUCAAUCUCCCACUUCAGGCAGCUGCAUACCUCCACUAACAUCCUCCUCCUCUCUCUGGCUGUCUCUGACUUUCUUGUUGGUCUCCUGUUGAUGCCAGGAGAACUUUAUAGAAAAAAUAGUUGUUGGUUUUUGGGGGAUACCCUAUGCUCUUUUUAUAUUUAUGCAGCUACUACAAUUUUCUCUGCUUCCAUUGGAAACAUUGUUCUUAUAUCAGUUGACCGCCAUGUGGCUAUUUGUGAGCCUCUUCAGUACUCCACCAAAAUCACUGAAUCGAAAACCAAAGUUUGUGUUUGUCUGUGUUGGAUAUUUAGUGUUUUUUACAGGAUUCUGUUUAUGAAAGAUGACCUGAUUCAGCCAGGUAGGAGUAAUUCCUGCAUUGGAGAAUGUGCAUUUGUCACCAACCCUAUUGCAGGAUUUUUUGACAUCAUUUUGAACUUUAUUGCCCCGGUUACAGUCAUUGUAGUUCUGUACAUGAGGGUGUUUGUGGUGGCUAUGUCUCAGGCUCGUGCCAUGCGCUCUAACAUUACAGCUGUUACAAACCAACUUUCAGUGAAUGUAUUCAAGAAAUCAGAGUUAAAAGCUGCUAGGACUCUUGGUGUUCUUGUUGUUGUUUAUCUAAUAUGUUUAUGCCCAUAUUAUGUUUACUCUCUUGUUCAAGUUAAUGUAACCAGUACUUCAUAUGCAUCAUUUUUGUUUUUUCUCCUUUAUUUUAACUCUUGUCUAAACCCUCUGAUCUAUGCCCUUUUUUACCCCUGGUUCAGAAAAGCCAUUAAACUCAUUUUCUCUUUGCAGAUACUGCAGCCCGGCUCCUGUGAGGCCAAAAUAAUGUAG